CAACAGCUACUGCUAACCCUGCUUAAUGGGCUGAAAAUAAUAAUAAAUACUCCAAAUAGGACUUUAUAAAUGAACUGGAAGUUAAUUCAGCUGUGAUACUGACGGUAAUGUCCGGUAGAAACAGAGUGGGAGUUGAAUUCGUGGCUGAAAACGACGUUAAAGAUGGAGGAAGGAGGAGGAGGAGGAGCAGCGGGGUGUCGGAGGUCUUCGGGGCGGUGCUCACCCUGCUGUCUGUGCUCUUCAUCCUCUUCACCUUCCCCCUCACAGCCUGGAUGUGUGCAAAG